AUGGAGAACGUUCGGCUGUCUCUUCUGGAAAGUAUCCAUAAACUGGAGCUGCCUAACAGGCAAAAAACUAUCUACAAAAGAUACGGAAAACCUCCCUAUUCUUAUGCCGGGAUGAUUAUCGUCGCCAUUAUGACGUCACCAAACCGGAUGCUGAGUCUGAGCCAGAUACAUGAAUACCUGAGGAAUAUGUUUGACUUUUUCCAGCAGCCGUACAUGGGAUGGAAGGACUCAGUACGCCACAACUUGUCUCACUGCAAGUGUUUUGUGAAGGGAGGGAAAACACCUGACGGAAGGAACAACUUAUGGACUGUCGACAUGUCCGAGGUGACUCCUAGCCUGUUUCGACGUCAACAGACCGCCAUUGCCAAGGACGGUAACUAUGCAGAGGACCUUCACGAUGAACUCCAGAUACCGCGGAUAGACAUUCCCUUCUUCAAUUACUCCCGAGGUGCUCCGUCAAAGUCCACAUCCGAACGUUCGUCCUCUACCGCAACUGCAAACGGACCUACCGCUGACAGUUCAGAAGUCAAGGACGUUCCUACACUAAUUGGUAGCCAUGGAGAUCAAGCGUUUGCAUCUUCUACAGCCAUUUCAUCGACGGAUGGUCACGCCUCCACUUAUAACGGACCUCCAACGCCAGUGUUGUAUCGUUUGCCAUCGGGAAAGUCUGCCAACAGCCCUAUCGUUCUCAACAGUCCAGACAAAGGAAAUUUCACAGUUGUCCGUCCGUCGUCCGUUUUGUCCUCCGCGUCGUCCAUGGUCCUCAGAUCCCUCAGUGAACAUUCUAGUCAGUGUGACUCGCCUGCGUUCUCCGACGUCACAGAACCUCGGACUCCCGACCCGACGGAAAGUGAUAUGAGCGGCUUCCGACCCAUCAACGAAGACCUAAGAUCAGGUUGGAUAACACCCAUCGGCCAGGUUCGGGAUGGCUCCGAUUUGACCCGCGGCGCUUCUUGUUUGUCGGACGUGUCGCCAUCUUGGAGUGAGUGUUCAGCAUCAAGGAGGGUUCCCAAGAGGAAACAGAUCCGCCACAGACCUAGGGUUCGUAAGGCCAUGAGGACGGAAACACCCAUGACACCUGCCAUUCAGACCGAGCGUGCUUUCUCAGAGAAGACGUAUGCGGAUCUGCAGACGUUAGUGACUCAGUCAUCUAGCAGGUGGGAGAUAUCUAUCGACAAAGCUAUCGGCAAUCUGCAAGACCUCUGUCAGCCUGAUGCCAAACACACUGCCUUCCCGGACACAGUCCAGACUUCAGAAGACCAGUUCCAUUCCGGCAGUGAUAUCCAGACGACGUUCGUGACUGGAGAUGGUAGCAGCUAUUUCCAGGCAGGGAAUAUCGGUGACGGAGAGAUAGGCACACCUAACCAGACUUACCAUAUCCUCGGGUCUGAUCGAUAUGACCACACCUACUCCAGUCCAGAACGCGAUAGCUCUGCGAUCCCACAUCAUCAACUUCAGACCAGUGACACCCCGACAAUUGAGACACUUGGAUUCGGCACUGGACCGACUCCGGCGGUGGAUGAGGAUACAGGGUCUCUGGAGGAGUUCGCGAACUGUGCACUCUGGUACGGCCUGCUGAGUUAA